UGAAGUACGAGCAAAGCUCCUUUCCCAUGAUGGUCCAGAUUUAUUGCGCCGCAUGAAAUAUAUUGCAGCUGUUAUUAAAGAGACGCUGCGCCUUCAUCCGCCGGCUGCGACGGCGCGAACAUCGGCACCCGGCACAGGGCUUACUGUACGGACACCCGACGGCCAAGAGCAUUGCCUUGAUGGAGUGAUAAUCUAUAACUGCGAAAGUCUUAUACACCGAGACCCAGAUGUUUACGGUGAUUCGGCCAAUACCUUCGUACCAGAGCGAUGGAUCGGGGAAGACGAUGAACUAUCUAAGAAGUACUCAACCACCUUACCCCCUAACCAAAUCCCUAAUAGUGCUUGGAGGCCCUUCGAGCGUGGACCUCGUAGCUGUAUCGGACAAGAGUUUGCCAAUAUCGAAUUGCGCGUCAUCAUUGCUGUUGUAGCGCGUCGAUAUGACUUCGUCAAAGUUGGUCUUGGCGAGAUUGAGAUUGACGAAACGAAUCUACCAGUUACGGCUAAUGGAGGGCGGCUUAAAGUUAAGCCAGAACUCUAUAACACACGACAAGUUACUGCUAAACCAGUGGAUGGGAUGAGAAUGAAAGUGAAAAUAGCAUAA